AUGCAGAUAAGGGACGUCCGUGGGGGUCCCGUGUGCCCCUGUGCCUGGCUGUCUGUCACCUGGCCCUUUCUGUGGCGUUUUAUUGGGGGGGAACAGAAAACAGUCCGGGCUCAGUUUGGGAAGCGCCCUGUUAUCGGAGAGUCUUGGGAAUCCGUGGCGGGGAGCGCGGCGUCACUCAGCGCUCUAAUGAAAGCGGGACAAUUUGGGACGUUUUGUUCCCAAACGGAGACCUCCCAUCCCCUUGUCCCGCUGCAGGUGUACCCACAGGCAUGCUCCCUGGGGCACGGCGGUGGGCUCGGAUCCAUCAAGGGAGAGGUGCACUGUGGCUUUUGUGGUGGUCUUCUGACAGGUCAGGACGAUGCGCAGCUAUACCCCAAAUCCCGCCACCACCUGCCCUCCCCCUCCAGCCUCCACUCCCCCACCUGCCCUCCCCCGUCCCCGCCCACUUUCACCUGUGCGUUUGUCCCCGGGAGACAGGUUAACCGAACCCCGCGCUGUCUGGCUCACAAAGGCCGCGGGGUCGUGAGGCGCAGCUUUGAUCGGAUCCAGGCCUCCUCGCAUACUGGGACCCUGGCUUUGUUUCACCUGGGCUUCUGCGUACCCCCGAGGCCCCAUCCGCACAAUGGAGUCACUUACAAAGCCAGACGAGCGCGUAUGGAUGGCCUGCCAGUCAGCCGGUGUAAGCGCUUUGAAAGAGAAUUCGAGGCAGGGCAAGGCGGUCCCCAGUGA